AUGGCUGAUGCGCCGGUAGUGGAGCGCUGCCCUGCCCAGCGCCAGCCUCAAGCGGGCGAGCCUGUGUGCGUGAUCUGCGGUCGCUAUGGCGAGUACGUGUGCGACGCCACGGACGAAGACGUUUGCAGUCUCGAGUGCCGCGACACGUGCGUGUCAAGGCAAAGUCAGUCCCAAACGACUCAGAGUUCCCAGCUGCAACGAGAUGAAGAAACUCUGAGGCGAGCGCAGCAACUCCGGAGCAAGUUGGGGAUCGAAGUCUCCGCCGGGUCAGCAGCUGACACCGGAGACCAUGCUCGUAAUUGGCCGAUUCCGCUCGUGGACUUCGCUCAACAGCAACAUUGCGUUCAGCUGCCGGCGGAAUUACUGGCCAACUUGGUGACGAAUGGCUUUAAAAGGCCCACGCCAGUGCAGAUGCAGACCAUCCCCUGUGUACUGCAGGGACACCACAUUCUUGUGAGUGCUCCGACCGGCACCGGGAAGACAGCGUCGUAUUUAAUUCCAGCGAUUGCGCAGGUUUUAUUUGCGAGAGAAGAGGAAAACGAGAAAAUUGUGGCGUUGGUGCUGGCCCCGAUUCGAGAGCUAGCGAUUCAGAUUGAAUCGGUGGCGAAACUAUUGAUGAAAAGUAUUGCGAACAUGAAGACGGCGCUGUUGGUGGGAGGGUUCCCUGUGCCGACUCAGCGCUAUCGGCUUCAGAAUGGCGUUCAAGUGAUUGUGGCUACUCCGGGACGUUUCCUGGAUAUCUUUACGAACUACGGCGGUGGCGAGGCAAUCCUGGCCAGUAUCCGCACGUGCGUCGUUGAUGAAGUGGAUAUGAUGCUAGACGUUGGAUUUCGUCCCCAGAUCUCGCAAAUUGUGGCCUUGUUGGCGACAUUAGCUAAGAAGACCAGUCACGGUGUUCAACUGCUCUUCUUUAGCGCCACAGUAUCGGAUGAGGUCGAAGCUUUGGUGCGACAGAUUUUGAAGGCUCAAAGCGAACAGUCAUAUAUUCGCGUUAACGUUGGCGGGAGCGAAAGCAAAACUGCAGGAAGAGCGCAGUUUUCGUUGAAUCCACGCGUUCAUCAGCAGGUCCGGUGGGUGGAAGACAAGGCAAAAAAGGACGAGCUCUUUACGUUCCUGAAAGGGAAGAGUGAGGAGUCGACGCUCGUGUUUGUUGGGUCAAAAAUCGGCGCCUCGAUGCUGGCUGAAGCGAUUGAAAAGCGCUGUCGAAUCGGAGCAGCAGCAACCCACGGUGAUAAAUCGCAGCAGGAGAGGCUCACGUUGCUCGAGGCUUUCAUAAACCUGGAAAUUCCUGUUCUCGUCUCCACGAAUGUGCUGAGUCGCGGAAUGGAUCUGUUGCAUGUUCAGAACGUCGUGGUCUACGACUUCCCCAAGAAAUUCACAGAUUAUGUUCACCUCAUCGGUCGCACUGGGCGUGGAGACGAGGUUCCUGGGAACGCGCUAACUCUGGUAAAUUCGGAAGACCGAGCACACUUCCGAGAGCUUGUCCCUUUGCUUCGUGGUGUGAAGGUGUCGGUGCCCCAUGAGGUGUACCAAAGCAUUCACUCUGACAAUGCCAAACAGCGUUCUCAAUCGAGAGAACUCGUGGUUGACGAAUCCAAGCGGGCUUUCCGAGUUCGAAAGCAGCUUAACGAUGAAAUUGGUGCCCCAAUAUCCAACUGGAAAGAAUGGAAUAACCAGGCGAGUAAACGGCGUCGAGUUGGCCCAUAUCUCUGA